AUGCUGUACACCGCACUUGGACACUCGUGGCACCCUACCCGUUGCGACAAGUGUACAGGCUAUUGUUGUCCCGUCACCUUGGCAGCUCUGGAAGCAGACGGAACAGUACAACGAGAACAACGUCCUGAUGGUGGUGUGGAACUCGCCAAAGAGAAUUUCUUGCAAAGACUUUGCCUCAACAAUGCAGCUUAUGUUGUGACUCCAAUUCUUCGCGCAGUAGUAGCGCGUGAGAGUGUAGUUGCCCAGGCGUGGCAUUCUGCAUGA